AUGAACGGACUAACCUUCGACUACUACAGGGUCGAGCUCUCUGUUCCCAUCCGCCUGCGAAGGGCCAUUCUUCUGAACGAUGCCUUUCUCGUGAAGCGGAUUGUGAGAAAUAAUCCUGAGUAUCUAGAGAACCCGGACUACGAUGAUAAGAGCAACACGUCCUUGCACCUUGCUGCCAUCCUGGGCCAUCUUGAUAUCAUCAAAUUCCUUGUCGACUUCGGGCAUGACUUGUGCAACCCAGACUCCUCUCAACUCGGCUUCAACUCAACUCCCGGAAUAAGUCUCAACACCGACUCCUCCACCCCUCUCCAUCUGGCUGCUGCCAACGCCCACGCCGACUGUGUCGACUUUCUCUGCAGCACUUUCCCCCAGACCAUAGAUCGCCAGGAUAAAAAUGGAGCUACGCCCUUGAUGCUGGCAGCUCGGGCCUCCAAUCCGAGCAACACACCGCAGAGUACGACCGUCGUGCCUCCAAAGCAGAGACCACGUGCUACGUCGAAUCCUACAUCUGCGGAAGACACGAAGACCGUGGCUAUAUUGCUGGAGUAUGGCGCUGAUGUCACUCUGGCAGAUAACGCCGGGAAUACUGCAUUGCAUUACGCGAGUGCCUGGGGGAAUUUGAAAGCGUUUAGGUUGCUUGUGCAGUGCAAUGCACCGCCGCUGGUGAAAAAUAACGCAGGAAGUGUACCGGCAGAUUACGCGCUGACUGGUCAGGCGGCUAUAUACUGUAGGGGCCUCAUUGCGGAGUUUGGGAGGCACAGGCUGGAGGAAGAGGAGCAAGAAGGGGAGGAAGAUCGAGAACGCCAACAUGCACAGCAACAGCAGCAGACGUCGACGAAGUUGAGUUUGAAGGUCAAAGCCAGUGAGCUAGGCCAGUUUACGAAUGAAGCGAGAAUAUCGCCAGUUUCUCCAAACGAGACGAGGUUGAUGGAGGCUUGGAAACGGGCCUCAAGCAGCCCAAGGAGACAGCCCAUGAGCGCCGGAGGGGUGCGCUUAGUUAAUGACGAUACCGAUCGAGACGACGAUAUCCCUUCAACUGUCUUCAAAGUGAACCUGCCAAUGGUGGACGCGGCGACGAAUGGGGAUUACGAGAGCGAUUGA